AUGGAGAAGCCAAAAGAAAGUCAUUUAGUGGCCAUGAAGCAUAUUUUGAGGUAUUUGAAAGGUACUGUUGAUUUGGGUUUGAAGUAUGACGCAGGGGGAGAUUGCAAUGUGAUUGGUUUCUGUGAUAGUAGUCAUGGUGAUGAUAAAGAAGGCAGAAAAGGAACGACAGGUCUGAUCUUUUAUUACUCGGGUAGUGUUAUCACAUGGUUGUCCCAGAAACAACGCACUGUUGCUUUUUCUUCCUGUGAAGCCGAUUUCAUAGCAGCUUCUUCGGCUGCAUGUCAAGCAUUGUGGCUGCGGAGUUUGGUUAGUGAAAUCAGGGGGUUAAUGCCGAGGCGUGUUAAGCUAUUUGUUGAUAAUGAGGCUGCGAUCGCGUUAAUGAAAAAUCCGGUUUUUCAUGGUCGUAGUAAGCAUAUUGAUACUCGUUAUCAUUUUAUUCGAGAUUGUGUUGAAGAUGGCUCGAUUGAGGUUGAACAUGUUAGCGGGAAGCUCCAGAAAGCUGAUGGUUUCACCAAAGCUUUACCGAGGAUGAAGUUUGCGGAGUGGAAGCUCAUGAUCGGGAUGUUUGAUCACCCACAUCAGGGGGAGUGUGUGGGUGAUGUGGCUGAUAUGCCACGUAAUGAGUAA